AUGCAAUAUGUUAGACUUGGAAAAAGUGGAUUGAAAGUCUCGAAUAUUAUCCUAGGGUGUAUGACUUAUGGAGUCAAGAGACCUAAAGAUAAUUGGACUUGGGUACUGGAAGAAGAAGAGGCUCUAAAACAUUUGAAACACGCUUAUGAUAGAGGUAUCAACACUUUCGAUACUGCCGAUACUUACUCUCAAGGAAACUCGGAACGUAUCUUGGGAAAAUUCUUGAAGACAUAUGAUAUACCAAGGGAAAGUGUAGUCAUUCUGACUAAAACUUACUUUGCAUGGGGAGAGGAGUCAUCAUAUGGUCCAGCUGGAUAUGUCAAUAACAAGGGAUUGUCAAGGAAGAGGAUAUUCGCUAGUAUCAAAGGAUCUCUGGAAAGGUUAGGUACAGAUUACGUCGAUUUAUUCCAAUGCCAUAGGUUCGAUAAAGAGACUCCCAUCGAAGAGACUAUGCAAGCUUUACAUGAUGUAGUACAGGCUGGACAUGCGAGAUAUAUCGGCAUGAGUAGUUGUUAUGCUUGGCAAUUUCAAUUGAUGCAACAAUACGCCAUCCAUAAUAAACUCACCCCAUUCAUAUCAAUGCAGAAUUACCAUAAUGCUAUUUACAGAGAGGAGGAAAGAGAAAUGAUGCCAAUGCUAAAACAUUUCGGUGUUGGAGUGAUUCCGUGGUCACCAUUGGGAGGAGGCACUUUGACAAGACCAGUUCAAAAUGAUAUUCAAACUGAUAGAGCAGAAUUCCAAAAAGGUUAUGGAGAAUUAUCCGAACCUGAUAAAUCGAUUGUAACAGCUAUAGAAUCCAUUUCAAAGAAAAGGGGUAUAUCAAUGGCUCAAGUGGCUUUAUCUUGGUCUUUAUCAAAAGAUUUUAUAAGUGCUCCCAUUAUAGGUACUACGUCUCUGGAUAAAUUAGAUGACUUGAUCCAAGGUUUGAAAGUUGAAUUGACUAAAGAAGAAGUUGAAGAAAUCGAUAAAGAUUAUAAAUCAAAACCUGUUUUUGGUCAUUAG